AUGGUUAGUGUCCUUUCUGCUAGUUCUCAGGUUGGUGAUUUGGAUCUUGGCAAAUGGGUUCACAAUUAUUUGAGGUCAGAAGGCAGCAAAGGCAUUCUUCAAUCAAACAAAAUUCUGGCAACUGCAUUGAUAGACAUGUAUUGUAAGUGCGGGAGGCUGGAGGGGGCUAAAGAAGUUUUUGAUCAGAUGAUAUGCAAAGAUAUUGUCUCGUUCAAUGCUAUGAUCAUGGGCCUUGCAAUGAAUGGUGAAGGAGAAGAGGCAUUGUGGCUAUUUUCCAGCAUCCAAGAUUUAGGUCUGCAUCCUGAUUCUAGCACAUUUCUUGCAGCUUUAUGUGCAUGCAGCCACUCAGGUUUGUUGGAGGAGGGACAGAGGAUCUUUUCAGAGAUGCAGAUGAGAAUUUCAGUCUCUCCCAGUUUGGAACACUAUGCCUCUUAUAUUGAUCUCCUUUCACGUGGAGAACUAGCUCAGCAUGUAUCGAAAAAGCUUGUGCAGGUCGACCCUGAAAACUCUGCUGGUUAUGUGAUGUUGGCAAAUGCAUUUGCAGCUGACAGGCAAUGGGAUGAUGUCUCGGUUCUGAGGUGGGUCAUGAGGGAAAGGGGGGUCAAGAAGCAGCCAGGGCAUAGCUGGAUCCAAAUAGAUGGUAUUGUGCAUGAAUUUCUUGUGGGGUCGCCAGGGCAUCCACAAAUGGGGAUGAUAUAUGAAAUUUUAGGCACAUUAGAGAAAGCAAUGAAGGUUCCUUAG